AAAGUUUGAAUGACUACUAACCUUCAUGACGUCAGAGGAGCGGAAGGUAAACAUGAACCACUCGAGCUUCCUCGUAAAACAGCGGACCAGAGUACAGGUUAAUCUGCUGCUGCUGCCGCUGCUGCUGCUGCUGCUUCUUCAAGUGUUCCUGCUCUGACAACAUGAAGUCCUGGUGGCUGCUGUCCUCUCUGCUGCUCUUGGAGGUGAGCUGUGUCUCUCUUCAGGAGAGCAACAAGCCCAAUUUUGUCCUGAUGAUGGUGGAUGACCUGGGAAUUGGAGACUUGGGCUGCUAUGGCAAUAAAACACUGAGGACUCCCAAUAUUGACCAGUUGGCGCAGGAAGGAGUGAAGCUGACGCACCACAUCGCUGCAGCCAGUCUCUGCACUCCCAGCAGGGCAGCAUUCCUCACUGGGCGAUACCCAAUAAGAUCAGGUAUAGCUGGGACUAUAAAACCUGGUGUCUUUAUAUUUACUGCAGCAUCUGGAGGUCUUCUGAGCAAAGAGGUGACCUUCGCCAAGAUUGCCAAACAACAAGGCUAUGAGACCGCUCUAAUAGGGAAAUGGCACCUGGGGCUUAACUGUAAGAGCAGCGAUGAUCACUGCCACCACCCCAGCGUCCACGGCUUUAACUAUUUCUUCGGCAUCCCUUUGACCAACAUGCGGGACUGCCAGCCUGGCCACGGCACCGUGUUCCAGAUCCAUAAAUAUUUACCAUACAGGACAAUGGGUAUCACCCUGGUCACCGCGGCCUUACUCCACUACAGCGGCCUCAUCACCAUCAGAAGAGGGUUGAUCCUGAGCCUGAUGUCUCUGCUGGUCAUGAUCACAGCUCUGACAGCAGGAUUCGUUAAAAUCAUCCCGUACUUAAACUGUGUACUGAUGAGGGAUCACAGAGUUGUGGAGCAGCCAUUCAGAUCUGAAAACCUGACUCAGAGGAUGACUCAUGAGGCAGUGGAAUUCAUAGAAAGGAACUCAGCGAAGCCUUUCCUGCUGUUUUUCUCCUUCCUGCAGGUACACACAGCCAUAUUUGCUUCAGCACCAUUCAGAGGAACAAGCCGCCAUGGUAUCUAUGGGGAUGCUGUUCAUGAGGUGGACUGGAGUGUAGGUCAGAUCAUGCAGACUCUGGACAGGCUCAGUCUUAGAGAGAACACUCUAGUUUACCUGACUUCAGACCAGGGUGCUCACCUGGAGGAAAUCUCUGCCACAGGGGAGGUCCACAGGGGCUGGAAUGGAAUAUAUAAAGCAGGGAAGUCCACAAAUUGGGAAGGAGGGAUCCGGGUCCCGGGAAUUCUGAGUUGGCCUGGGAAAAUCCCUGGUGGCAGGCAGGUGGAUGAGCCCACCAGCAACAUGGACCUGUUUCCUACAGUGGUGCGGCUGAGUGGAGCCACAGUCCCGGAGGACAGGGAGAUAGAUGGUCAUGACAUCAUGGAUUUGCUUCAGGGGAGAGUUGAGAGGUCGAAGCACGAGUUUCUGUUCCACUACUGCAAUGCCUACUUAAACGCGGUCAGGUGGCACCCCCAAAACAGUAGCGCAGUGUGGAAAGCGUUUUACUUCACACCAAACUUCUACCCAGAGAAUGAGACGGCCUGCUUCCACACACAUGUCUGCUUCUGCACAUCAAACUAUGUGACUUACCACAAUCCUCCGCUGCUCUUUGACCUCUCGAGGGACCCUUCAGAGAGCACGCCACUGACUCCUGACACUGAGCCAGACUUUUACUCUAUCCUGGCCGUGAUGGAGGAGGCUGUGGAGAGGCAUCGGAGCUCGGUGAAGCCUGUGGAUAGCCAGAUAUCUGGAGGGAAUGUGAUGUGGAAACCGUGGCUGCAGCCCUGCUGCUCCACACUCAGCCAGCUCUGUCAGUGCCAGCAGGACCUGCUCAGUGGUUAAUACUGACUGAAACUGAGCUCCAUCUGUGACCUCAGCACUCCAGACUUGACUCCAUGAGACAACUGCUGUCCAGCAGCAGGUUGCAACUUCAGUGGUAUUUUCAUUACUCUUUAAAAGUGGGGGAGACACUGGUAAUCAUAGUGAGGAGAGCAGUCAUAAAGUGAAAGUAGUCAUUUGCACAAAAAAAUCAUAAAAUGGGAAGAAAAUACAACAGUGGAGGUGAAAGAAGGUCUUUCAAAUUCAAAUAAGCUUAAUUGGAUGGUGUCUGAAAGGCGGUGUAACUGUCAAUGGCACUUUGCAUCCCUUCUGUCCAAACAGCACAUUAGAACAUAUUUAUAGUGUUGGUAGUGCUAAAGAAGCCAAGUGAUAGAAACAGAGUAGUUCACAAAUGAAGGAAUAGUUCAACAUUUUGAAUACACACAUUGGCUGUCUUUCCAAGAAUGAGAUGAGAAGAUAAAUAUUAAUCUCAUAUCUUUAUGUUCAUCUGCUCCUGUGUUCUACUAAGAUGAAAAAUCAGAAGCUAAAAAGGGGAGAUUUAUAUUUUAACAUUUUUUGGUUUCAUGAUAACGCCCCCUACUUUUGCAUUAAUUUGACAGCAUACCAUUAAUUAUCCAUCUAUGUAGAUGGAGACCUUAUUUCAAAAUAGCAAAUCAAAUCUUAACAUAAAGCAGAAACAUGGUGUUUUAAUAUAGGCAGAGCAGACGGUCACACUGAGCCUGAUUGCAUCCUGCUACACAAGAGCCACAGACUCUGAACAACAAC